GAGAUUUAGACGCUCUUUGUGGUUUUCUCUCUAACACAGCAAUGGAAAGUCACGGAGGAGGUAAGUGGAAGAUACUGUUGCCCUUACUUUUUCUCUCUCUGAUCUCCACCGUCCGAUCAUCAUCCGCCUUACGAUUCCGACCGGUGUACGGUGUGCCGGAGAGACAGGUUCGGAUGCCGGAGGGUUCAGCCCUCAAGAUUGGGCUCUUCGCGGACCUUCAUUUUGGGGAGGACGCGUGGACGGAGUGGGGCCCACGCCAAGACCUGAACUCCAUCAACGUCAUGAACUCGGUGCUCCACCAUGAAAAUCCAGAUUUGGUGAUAUAUCUUGGUGAUGUCAUCACGGCAAACAAUAUAAUGAUUGCGAAUGCAAGCUUGUAUUGGUAUCAGGCAAUCUCCCCAACAAGAAACAGGGGCAUACCAUGGGUUAGUGUAUUUGGAAACCAUGAUGAUGCUGCAUUUCAGUGGCCAUUGGAGUGGUUCUCUCCGCCUGGCAUUCCUCCAAUUCACUGCCCUCUAACCACAACUUCAUAUUCAGGAGACGAUGAAUGUAGCUUCAAAGGAACAGGACGAUUGGAGCUGAUGUCAAAUGAGAUGAAGCACAAUGGAUCAUUUUCUAGCUAUGGCCCAAGAAAUCUUUGGCCAAGUGUAUCCAACUAUGUCCUUCAAGUUUCAUCACCUGAUUAUCCACCAUCACCAGUGGCUUUCCUUUACUUUCUUGAUUCUGGUGGUGGUUCCUAUCCAGAACUCAUAUCUAAUGACCAGGUGGAAUGGUUCCGCCGAAAAGCUGAAGAAAUUAACCCUGACAAAAGAGUUCCGGAGAUUGUUUUCUGGCAUAUUCCAAGUACGGCUUAUAAGGUGGUGGCUCCCAAGUUUGAGAUACGAAAACCUUGUGUAGGAUCGAUCAACAAGGAAAGUGUCGCUGCUCAAGAAGUUGAAACGGGUAUCAUGGAUCUUCUUCUCAACAGAACUUCUGUCAAGGCAAUUUUUGUUGGACACAACCAUGGAUUGGACUGGUGCUGCCCAUACAAUAAUCUAUGGUUAUGCUAUGCUAGGCACACUGGUUACGGUGGCUAUGGAGAUUGGCCUAGAGGAGCACGAAUUUUACAGAUCAACCAAACACCAUUUUCUCUUCAUUCUUGGAUAAGGAUGGAGGAUGGUCAAGUGCACAGUAAAGUUAUCUUGAGUUCAUAAUUAU